AUGAGUGAGCUGAAAGAAAUACUCACACAACCGCAGCGCAUUAAGCACCAUGAGCUGCUGCAAUUCCUAUCUAGCCAUCCGAAUGUGGAGUAUUCCAUUGCUCAGCUAGAUUAUCUCCUGCCGCGUGGGGCCGCAUUGCAGCGUUUCCCCGAGGAAUGGUUUGGCCUCAUGGCAAGAGGGGCGUGCGGCAACCGCAACAUUGAGUUGCUUAUUGAGAAUAACGAAUCCACCCCGGGGCCGGCGCCAUCCCGUUCCUCUUUUUCUCGCCCCCUACCCGAUCGAGCCUUUCUCAUCUGUCGGCGUCCGGAGCUCCGCUCGUUGACGGAGCUGCAGGGGCUGAUCAACACCCCGGGUAUGAUCCCUGACCCCGAGGAGUGCGUCGGGUUGCAUACCGACCAGAUAAUUCUGUCAAAGAACCUACUUCGGGAUAGCCAACGCUCUGGGCUUGCCUUUUACUUUUCCGAUAAGUUCAUCCGGCGGGAGGUGAUCGGUGGAAACGGGGGUGGUGGGGAUGCCGUUGGGGGGCUUUCCUCCUCCGCCUCGGCGACGACGGAGUCGUCGCUUGGCCAACGGCAGCUUCUGAGUGAGAUCUCAGGCGUCGCGACGGCGGUGGUGCCCUUGCCGUUGGGAAUUCGGAUCCGAUAUAAGCUUUUUACCUGGCGUGGGAUCGCGGUGAGCGAUGCGCACUGCCUGCCAAUCCGUCUUCAGCUUCAGGAGCGGCUUCUCGUAACUUUCGAUAACGAAAACGCGGUUUUGCGGCGAAUCGACGGGGGAAAAGACGGCCUUCAGGUGCGAUGGCGUGUGGUGGUGCCGAGUGGCGCUGUGAACCACGGCGGGAUAAACCCGAUGACGCCUUCGUUAGGAACGACCGAUCCGCUGAGCAUCCGCGCGCGGAGUAUUACCUCCGAACGGGUCGUUUCGGCGGCACCUUUUACCAAAUCCGAGAUCGCGAGCACGGCGUUACCUCACCAUAACGCUGGCGCCCGACAAACGAUUCGGUCGACCAAAGUUCAGAUGGACAUCGAGGCGGUUUGCGCAGUUUCCCCGUUUAAGCUCAUAUUCGUCGUGAAUGGGCAGGAGUGCAUUGUGAAUAUGGAGGUAGUGGAUGUGGAUACCACCACCCCGGGCGUUCUCAUUGGGCGCGAGCGCGAACCGGGUAGUUUUUCCUUGCCGUUACCGUAUCGCCUAAUGGAUCCUAUGGUUUUGGGGGAUGGAAUGACUUCUGCGCGAUCGGAUCUCACGAAUGCACCGGCGAAAGACACCAAUGCCGUCCAACCCAAAGGCGAGGAUGAGCUUCACGGUACCGUGAGCGCAACCGCAUCGCCUUCGAGUCCGAUAAACGUGUCUGGUAAGGCGACGUAUGGUCUGCUUCCGUGGUGGCAGAACAGCUCGCCGUUGGUGCUCGGAGUACGGGAUGCUACCUACCCUUCGGAGGAAGUGGUGGUUGCGGCGACGGGUAUCGUAUACGCGAAGAGUGCCCUCCUUCACGAAGCGCAGCUGCGUGCGGUGAGGCAUUUAAUGCGGAAAAAAAUGGCAGAUGGAGGUCCAGGCAGCACCUCUGGGAGGCAGGAUAGGCGUCGUGUGCGUCGUAAGCCAGAUUUAAGAAACCGGCAUAUGCUUCAUUUCGGCUUGGAUGCUUCCUUCCCCUUUUCCCCAAAGCAGGAAGGUGUAUAG